GCGCCGCGUGAAUCACGGACAGUUUGGACGCGACGAAGCCGCCGUGUUAUCGCGAGAUUCCAACCGUCGUCGUUAUUUCAAAGAUGGCGGCAGAAGCGGGUUCUGUUCCCGAGAGAGACACGGCGGAAGGGGAUGCAUCAUUUGGAGAUCUGACCACAAACAUGGAGACGGAGUCGUCCAGUGGAAAAGAGACUAUGGACACGGCGGGUGACAGUUCGGAGGCGGCGGACGCUCAGACAGGAUCUGGAGACGAUGAGAACGGUCGUCAGCUGGGGGAAGUGGAGCUGCAGUGUGCUUUGUGCAUGAAGUGGUUUACAGCGGACACGUUUAGCAUCGAUACGGCAACCUGCCUGCCGUUCAUGACCAAUUAUGUGUUUCACUGCAAUGUGUGUCACCACAGCGGAAACACGUACUUUUUGAGGAAACAAGCAAAUCUGAAGGAGAUGUGUCUCACUGCUUUGGCAAACCUGACGUGGAGGUCCAGAACUCAGGAGGAGCAUCCCAAGACAAUGUUCUCUAAAGAUAAGGACAUCAUACCUUUCAUUGACAAAUACUGGGAAUGCAUGACGACCCGUCAGAGGCCUGGUAAACUCACAUGGCCUAAUAAUAUCGUCAAGACUAUGAGUAAAGAGCGUGAUGUUUUCCUGGUGAAAGAACAUCCGGACCCCGGAAGUAAAGACUCGGAAGAGGACUAUCCCAAGUUUGGUUUGCUUGAUCAGGAUCUGGCCAAUAUCGGGCCGUCGUAUGACAACCAGAAGCAGAUGACGGCCGUCACGGGCGCUGCAGGGUUAAACGCUGUGCGUUGUAUUCCAGGUGGAUCGACUUUUUCAGGUGGGCUUCCUCCGGCUGCUACCGGUAAAGGACGGGGAGCCAAACGCAAACAGCAGCAGCAGCAGGACGGAGCCGCGGCUGGAGCGGCCAAGAGAACACGCAGUGACCCGCUGUUCUCAGCCCAGCGUCUGCCUCCUCAUGGUUAUCCUCUCGAACACCCCUUUAACAAAGAUGGUUACCGCUACAUCCUAGCUGAGCCGGAUCCCCACGCUCCCGACCCAGAGAAACUGGAGCUGGACUGCUGGGCCGGGAAGCCCAUCCCCGGAGACCUGUACCGCGCCUGUCUGUACGAGAGGGUGCUUCUGGCGCUGCAUGACAGAGCUCCGCAGCUCAAGAUUUCGGACGACCGUUUGACUGUGACCGGAGAGAAGGGCUACUCGAUGGUGCGCGCGUCUCAUGGGGUCAGAAAGGGCGCGUGGUAUUUUGAGGUCACCGUGGACGAGAUGCCGCCGGACACCGCUGCCCGACUGGGCUGGUCACAGCCUUUAGGAAACCUACAAGCUCCUCUGGGCUACGAUAAGUUCAGCUACUCGUGGCGCAGUAAGAAAGGAACGCGCUUCCAUCAGUCCAUGGGGAAGCAUUACUCCGACAGCUACGGGCAGGGAGACGUCUUGGGCUUCUUCAUCGAGCUUCCGGACGAGACGGAGACCGCCAAGGCUCUGCCUGACACCUACAAGGACAAAGCGCUGAUCAAAUUCAAAAGCUACCUGUACUUUGAAGAGAAAGAUUACGUGGACAAGGCCGAGAAGAGUUUAAAGCCCACCGGUUCCAGCCGAAUGAUCUUUUUUAAGAACGGCGUGAAUCAAGGUGUGGCGUAUGAGGAUCUGUUCGAGGGCAUGUACUACCCGGCCAUCUCCCUCUAUAAGAGCUGCACGGUGUCUGUUAACUUUGGACCUCACUUCAAACACCCACCAAAAGACAUCAAGUUUCAGCCAAUGAGCGACAUGGGUUGGGGUGCUGUGAUUGAACACACGCUGGCUGACAUGCUGUAUCACGUGGAGACCGACGUAGACGGCCGACGGAGCCCUCCCUGGGAGGGUUAAACAUUCGCAACAGCGCACACUAUUUUUUUUUUUUUUUUUUUUUUUUUUGUUAUACAUCAACGAAUCGUUUGGUGAUUUGAUUGCGUUCUGAGCAUUCAGAAUGUUUUUCCCACAAGUCAGCUUGCAUAUUUUGGUUUUUAUUUCACGAAACCACAACAGAUUGCGAUGCUGAUAGAUGGAUCUGUAUUAAUAGUAACGUAUUACGUUUCCUCAUACUGCAGGUUUAAGUGUCACUCAUACGAUUUAAUUUCCUUCAUACGGCAAACUUUUUUUUUCCCCCUGACUGUAGGUUAACCCGUUGAAGUCUGAUGUUCAGAUGCGUGUGUGUUGUGGUGUGUGUGUGUGUGUGUGUUUAAGUGUUCUCCGAUGCCAUGGGUCUCCGUUCAUGGUUUUUAUCAGUUGUUUAUUUGCUAUUUGGUUUGUAGUAAUUCCGAUAGAUGUAAAAUAUGAUAUUUUUGUUUUGUAAACCAUGUUUUAUACACAAACUUGUUUUAAUAAAGUAAUCUA